AUGGGUAUUUCAGAGUGGAAAAAUGUUAAACACACGAGAAGAUUGCUAAGUUUGCCAUCAAACUGCGCUGAUUUGUAUGAAAAAGGAAAUAGCCAAAGUGGAGUUUAUGAAGUUAAUCCUGAUGGAAAGGGAGGUUUUGAAGUGUUUUGUGAUAUGACAACAUCAGGUGGAGGAUGGACUGUAUUUCAACGUCGUCUUGAUGGAAGUGUUGACUUCUACCGAGGAUGGCAAGAUUACAAAAAAGGUUUUGGUGACUUGAGCGGAGAAUAUUGGCUUGGUCUUGACAAAAUACACAGGAUGACAAAUAUUUUAGAAAAUGAAUUUCGUAUCGAUAUGGAAGAUACAUCUGGAAACACCAGAUACGCUCAUUAUGAUUUUUUUGCAGUAAGCAAUGAAAAUGAGAAGUACAAGUUGAAUGUUGGAGGUUAUAAUGGUACAGCAGGAAACACGUUAUCACGGCAUAACGGGAUGGCUUUCACCACCAAAGAUUCUGACAAUGAUAUUUGGGUUGCCGGUAACUGUGCGCUGAGAUUCAAAGGAGCCUGGUGGUAUUGGCAUUGUCAUCAUUCCAAUUUGAAUGGUUUGUAUCAUUAUGGCGCACACACAUCUUCCGCUGAUGGAGUCAACUGGUACCUUUGGAAAGGGCAUCAUUAUUCUCUAAAGUCAACGUCGAUGAAGAUACGACCACAUAAUUAUUUACCUUUAUAUCGCAGAGUACAUUUCUCAAUUCGUCGAGCACAAGGGUAUAUUACCAAAAUCAACAGUGAUUACAAAACCUUUCGAUCACAUGUUUUUAUAGUCUAA